AUGCACCGCCUAACGAGAGCUGCCCGCUUUCGCUGGGCUUCUACUGCUACCUCUACCUCUACUUCUGCUUCUGCCUCUGCUCAUUCUCCUACUCCAUCUCCGCCCUCCAAAUCAAAGUCCCGCUGGCUGGGCUUCCUCGUCGUCGGCGCAACCGCAACAGCUGCAGGCAUUUAUGUCCGCCAAAGCAAUGACUCCGCCACCCUGAACCCAGAAACCUUCACCAAAUACAGCCUGGUAUCUCGCGAGCCUGUCUCAGCUACAAGCAGUCUCUUCACGCUUCGGCCGCGCCGAUUCAGCGAAUCGAACUACGAUGUCUACGAAGAAGCCUGGGCCACUGGCGUGUGGAGUGUGAUGUUCAAACAACCGCAACUCCAAAUUGGACGCGAUUAUACCCCGUUACCCACGACCGCCGCAACGGGACUGACAGUCGAAGACGAAAACGAGGGUUGCUUGCGCUUCUUCAUCCGGAAGGAUCCAUUCGGCGAGGUGUCGCGGUAUCUGCACACGAUCGAGGUGGGCGCGGAUGUUGAGAUGCGAGGACCGAAGAUUGAGUGUGCUAUUCCGAAGGAGACGGAGGAGGUUUUGUUUAUUGCGGGUGGCACGGGCAUUGCGCCUGCGCUCCAAGCUGGAUAUUCUCUGUUGAGUCGGGGUGGAAGGAGCAAGAUUCAUAUUUUGUGGGCCAAUCGGUUAAAGGAUGAUUGUGCAGGUGGUCAGAGUGAUUCAUUGAAGCCUCCACCGACGCAGGGAUGGCUUUCGGGCUGGUUUGGUGGCAAGAAGGAGGCUCGGGAGAUCGUACCGGUCAGAGAAGAGGACCAGUCUCUGAUUGUACGGGAAUUGGAGGCAUUGAAAUCACAGUAUCCGGGGCAGGUCACCGUGGAUUACUACUUGGAUGAGGAAAAUACAUUCAUUGGGAAAGAGGCCGUUCGUGCCUCGAUCGAUUCGUCCAGUGACCGCAAGAGCAAGCUGAUCCUGGUCUCGGGGCCUGAAGGAUUCAUCAGCUACAUGGCGGGGCCUAAGCUAUGGGCUCAGGGACAAGAGCUUCAGGGACCCUUGAAUGGAAUUAUCAGGGAGCUUGAUCUCAAAGAUUGGGGGGUAUGGAAGCUCUAG